AGAAUUCUAAUACACAACAGAAACGCUAGGGAAAUUGUAAUAGAGCAUGCACAUUCUAUUUUGGCACACCUAGGACUGCAAAAGACACUUUCAUACCUUAGAGAACAAGUUUGGUGGAAGGAUAUGAUCAUAGACAUUAAUUCCUACUGCAAUUCGUGUCAUACAUGCAAGAUCAGCAAACCUAACAAUCAGAAACCGUUUGGUUUACUACAUCUGCUCUCAGUACCUAAUAGGCCUUGGGAAGGCAUAGGAAUGGACUUUGUUGGACCUUUUCCUGAAUCAAAGAACUGUUUGGGACCUUUUGAUAUGAUUUGUACAGUUAUUUGUCUAUUAACUAGCAUGGUACACAUUAUUCCUACUAGGCAAACAUACAGAGCAAGAGAAAUUGCAGAGAUAGUAUUUGAAAAUGUCUAUAAACUGUAUGGAUUGCCUAAUUACAUUGUUAGCAACCAUGAUUCCCUAUUCACCAGUACGUUUUGGAGAAGAUUACAUGAACUUAUAAGUAUUAAAUUGAAGCUAUCAAGCACAUAUCAUCCACAGACCAAUGGAUCGACUGAGAGAAUGAACAGAACAAUUACUCAGAUGCUUAGA